CCCAGCCAGCGGAGCGUCAAUAUUCAACCUCCAUCAUUUCAUAUAAUCGAUACUUUCAUUUAUAGGAUUACAUCGACAUCACCUGCAUUUUCCUUAUUUUUCGUCCAGAGAGAGGAGAGUGAUUUAUGAAAAGUUUUUAGGGGCGAAGUUUUCCACAAGAGGACAUUAUUAUCGGUUUAUUUCAGCUUUUAAAUUCACCAGUGGAUACAUUUGUGGGAGCAAAGUGAACGGAAUUCCGGAAUUGGGAGAAAAUGAAAAGACUUUGCGGAGUCCAUCAACACCAGCUUGUCCUGCUAUUGGCUGCUGCCUUGGCGACGGCCCUUGAUUCUUCACACAACCUGGCCAAUGAGAGGAGUUCGAUUGAAAGCACCUACGAGCUGACCAAGUACCUGGAGUACCAGCUCAAAGAAAUCAAAGACAUAUAUCUGACCUACCUAGGCCCUCCAUUCAACGAGAAGGACUUCUCCCCCCCCCGUCCCAACAGCACCGCUCUGACCCUGCCCAGCGCAGCCACCCGCCUGGAGCUGUGGCACGGCCUGGAGAACCAGGCCCGGCUGGCCCAGAACCAGAGGGCUUACUCUGUGCUGCUGGCAGCCGUCAGGGAGCUGGCCCGCUCCACCCUCUGCCCCUCCCUCAAGACCUCCCUGCUGCACUUUUGCACCGGCCUGGAUGGUCUGCUGGGCUCCAUAUCCGCACUGAUGACCACCCUCGGUUACGCACUACCUCCUUCGACUGCAAACAUGGAUAGUAACGCUGGAGAGCUGGGGCUCCCUCAGAGGGCGGGCUCCCGACCUGCUCCACUGAUGAGCCAGAGCCUCUACAGGGCCAGAGUCGGGACCAGGACAGAGUCUAGUCGUGGUAACAACCAGAGAAGAAGCGGGACAAGAGCGGUGACAGCAGAGAGGGAGGAUGGCGUCACCGUAGACCUGGUGGGGAAAAGGAGAAGCAAAGAGGGGAGGAGAGCAGAGACGACCGCCGCUGGAGGAAGAAGUGGUGGAUCAAGGGAGAGGGGAAGAGGAGGAAGAGGGAGGAGAGGGAGGAGGGAAGAGCCGGAGAACGGGAAAAGGAUCGACAGUGAGGAAGUGGACGAGGUGGAGCAGGACGGAGGUGAGGAGAGAUGGGGGACGAGAAGGUUGCUGAGUGUCAAUGAGGAUGGAGAGGACUGGAAGUCUGAACCCAGGGGGGAAGAGUCGCCUGGCACAGAAAACACUGACCAUCAAUACAGCUACAACAUGAACUCUCCUCACAUGGACACACUCAGGAAGGAGGAUGGCUUUAUUGUAGAGAGAAGCAGAGGAGCAACGGCGGAGGAGGAGAAGCAAACAAACAUGGAGGCUAUCUCGUACUCCUCCACCAUCCAUCAUCAGCGUCGGCCUCCUCGCUCUCUCCUCUCCCCCUCCCUCCAACCUCCCCUGUCCACCCUCUCCUUGCUCUACCAGUUCGGAGCGGGUGAGGAGCACACCCUCCUCUCCCAGCCUGUCCCUCUCUCGUUACAAAGGGGCACGUCCCUCCUCUCGCCUCCUCUGACCCCGCUCCUUUCCUCCACCUCCUCUGCCUCCGCUUCCCUCUUGUCGGUGCGGCCCACGAUGAACGACUUUGCCAGGAAGGUGGAGGGGUUUUGGAUAUUGAGAGAGCUGCAGAGUUGGUUGUGGCGGUCGGCGAAGGACUUUAACCGCCUCAAGAGGAGACUCAGAGGCUGAGACAAUGAGACACAGAAGUACAUUAAGAGAUCUGUUGUUUGCCCAACGUCUGAGUGGAUCCACAUCGAGAGCUUUAAAGGACUACUCCAAUGACCAUUUGUAAUUAAUAACUUACCCCGUACCUUAAAUACUUGAAGAAAACCUAGUUCUUCUUGCAUGCCUUUAUGGUGAAAGCAGAAUCUAAAAAAAAUGAGAAAAUUCUUGAUGAAUUGAGUUAAACUGGGACUGUGUUUAACAACAGCAAAACUAUAUCAAACCAUUCAUUUACAAACUCUCACAAAAUUCAUACAGUUUAAUCACAUUUUCUUGUAUCCAACUAAAACUGGAAAUGUAUUCUGCACAAGUUCUCUGAGACUUUGAAACCAUUUUUGGAUUCUAUGUUCAGUGUAGAGGCAUGCACACGGGAUAAGUAACUGACAUUCAAAUAAUCAUUUUGAGGCUGAAGCGUUCCUUUAACAGGCAAAAGCACAUAAACACAUUCAUGGUUAACACAUUCAUUCAUACUGUACUGGAAUAAGUCAAUGAAGCACUAUUUGGCAGGUCUCCAGAGGCGCUAAUGGAAUAUAACACACACAAAGCCAACACAUUACCAGCACUGUCACCCGCCUGAUGUACAACAGCUCAUUGAGCGAGACACACUGAGACUGAGCUGGGUUACCGGACAGAAACAGAUCAACAGAAAUACCACUGUAGGUGGAUACACUCACUCACACACAAUCACACACACACUCAUACAGAUACACCGGGUGACGGGCAGAGAGACAAACAGUGCAUUGAGGGAAACCGGAUUCGGUGACCACCAGAUGUAUGAAUCAGCAAACAUUCAUUUUCUCGAAAGGAAGAACUUUUCGGAAUGGGUAAAUGACAAAGGGAGAGGAGGAAAUGACCAGAGCGAUGAAGAGGAGGAGACAAAGGGGCAAGAAAAAGAGAGGAAGACGGGAUGAGACGUGAGUCAGGCAGGGGAUGAGAGCUGGAAAAAGCUGACUGAGGAGUAUUGCUGAGUAAUCUGAUGUCAGCCGGUCAGUUACAGUAACUGUACAACAGCAACACACACACACACACACACACACACACACACACACACACACACACACACACACACACACACACACACACACUUACUUUUGUAUUUUGUGCCUUAACAAACCAUUCACUUUUAUGCUGCUUCUGAUUAAGUACUCACUUAUUUGUACACUUUUUUUUAUUGAAUUCAGUCCAUAGCAACACAUAUUUAAUACAGUCUUAAAGUCUUAUAGAAUAGAAUACAUUUCACUAAGAAAAUAACACUUGCUGUGUUCAGUUUAUAAGGAAAUAGUUUGACAUACAUUGGGAAAUACACUUAUUUGCUUUAUUGCUGAGAACAGAUAGAGAUAACUCACUAAAAAUGAAGAGCAGGAGAACGUUAGCUUAGCUUAGCACAAAGACUGGAAACAGAGGGAAACUGCUAGCUCAGCUCAUUCCAAAGGAGGCAGAAUCCACCUCCCGGCACCUCUAAAGAUAAUUAUUUACCAAAUAAUGUCAAAAAAUGUAAAGCACACAAAAGUCAUGUAAAAUUAACGUCGGCCACAUACAACCAUGAAACUUUGAAUAUGUGGUCAUUUACACUUGCGGUGGGCAGGUGGCAUGAGAUUUCCUAAACAAAAUAUAUUUUUUGCAUUUAUGUUUGUGUACGGAAUAUAUAUAAAUUAUAAUUGGUAUUGAUCUUAUUUUCUGAUUCUCAGAAAUAAAGCAAAAGUGUCAAACUUGUCCUCCACAAGUAAAUCCACACUCUAAAUACCAAGCAUUAGAUGUGUAUUUUUUGUUCCUUUUUAAAACAUGAAACCGGUUACUUUUUCUGUUGGUUAAUUACAGCUUGCUUAAUUUGUUUUUCAGAAACAAUAUAUUGUUCUGUCUUUACAAUGUGCCUUAGAUGAUGUGGCUAAAGGUUAUAUCUUUAUAAUAUUUAUUGAAAAAGAUGUUUAUUUAUUUUUCUCCACUGUGAAUAUACUGUAUUGUAACUCAA